UAAUGCAUUGCGCAUAAAUGGCCGCCAUGUUGCUGCCGUCUGAAAGAUGUUCACAUCUGUGUGUGUUUACUAAUGAAUUUUAAGAACUUUAAUAGCUAAAUUACUGUGUUUGUGAAAUUGUGAGUGUAUAAUGGUUUUAUUUUAAAUAUGUUUUUGUGAUUGAAAAGUCUGUCAAAUGUCUCUGAGGCCAAUAAACAGUGAAAUUUUCUUUAGGUAGUCAUUCGAGUCGGACGGCAUAAUGGCUGACAAUCUGAUUCAAAAGUCACAUAAAACUAGUGAAAAAAACAAGUAUAACAACGUUGUUCAUCGUACUACGAGUGAAUCUCUGCGACUGAACGAGUCAGAGAAAGGAGUGACUCACCCGACGAGUCUUCAAUCCGCCCAUAACCCAAGGAAAAUAUCUUCCUUUCAGAUUACCAGUGUGACUGUUGGCUCUCGGGUGAGCACUGAUGCAGGCGAAGACUCCGCUGAUGAUCUAGACGAAUCUCACACCGACGACAUCUCAAGGGUGACUGACAUAGAGAAUGAAACUCCAAGCUAUUCAGAAGAUACCUUUUCAAAAGACGACGUUUUUUACAACGCAUCGAGUGCUUCACUAGGUUGUGCUCCUGUCAUCCCGACCAGCUCGCAGUACGGACUUGCGAUCGUUGGUCAGGAAUCGAAUACUAAUCAAAUUGGAGGUUCAGUGCCAAAUAGUAAUAACACAGAAGUUAAUGACAUGCACGUCAGUGUCACGAAUGCUGGAACAGGCAGCAUUAUCAACCUUAUAGGCAAUUCUAAACCGCAGGAAGGUAUGAAGGAAAUACAAGAACAUGUUAGAAAUGAAAGGUUUAAAGUUGUGAAAAUAGAAAGCACUGAACCCUUCCGUCGUGGAAGGUGGAUGUGCAUGGACUAUCUUGAUCACACCACAACUCAGCAAAAUGCUCCAAUCACCCUAAACAACAAUUUGGAGGUGACUGAUUCUAAUACAUUGCAGGCUCCCGAUAGUGGUGUUGUAAUAAAUGACAGUCAACAUGAUGAUAUGUGCAAUGAUCUGACUAGCAAAGGACCUAAAGACCAAGUGAAUGCAGUGCAGCAAAUGGAUCAAGGUGUUCAGAAACAAUUUCCAAUGGCUUCCCCUGGUCAAUCUUUAACACAACCAAUUAAUAUAGUGCAACAACAAAUGCCUGUCAAUCAAUCUGUCUCUGUGCAAUCACCACCUUUAGAGAUGCCUCAACAAAUGCCAAAUCAAACUAUGCAAACAACCCAGCAAGUUGGGCAACAACAUCCACAGAGUAUGACACAUAUCACUAUGCAAAAUACAGGGCAGAAUCAUCCUCAGCCUCCUCAGCAACAACAGGUUCAACAAAUUCCACAAAGCUUUCCUCAGCAUCAGUUACAACAAGUGAUAGCGCAGUCUCAGGGCAUUGCCAUGCAACAAAUACCCAUGCACCAACAAAUGCCACAGCAGAUGCAGCAAAUCCCUAAUCAACAAAUGCAACAGAUCAGUCAACAUUUGCCUCAAGCCCAGCUUACUAAUAUGCAAAUACAACAGCAGAUGCCACAAAUGCAGGGCAUCCCCAAUCAAGGCCAGUUAACCCAAGUGCCUGGCCAGCAACCACAAAUGCAGCAAAUCCAAAUGCAACCUAUGCAAGGUCAGCCAAACCCGCAGCAAAUCCAUCAGAUGCAACAAGCACAAAUACCCAAUAUUGGACAAGGUCAUCACUUACAAGGUCAACAAACUAUGGGAACUCAACAAGCCCAACUUCAGCAUUUGUCUAGUCAGGCCCAAAUUCAAGCAUUGCAGAACCAGCAGUUGCCAAACCACAUACAACAAAUGCAAAUACCUACCCAAUUAACUGCUACUAAUCAACAAAUAUCACAAAUGCAAACACAAAUGCACCAAUUACCAUCACAGCCUCAACAAUCCGUGGUACCGGGCAUACAUCCUCAAAUGCAACAGCAAAGCAUGGGAGUCACUCAGACCCAAUACAACCAAGCGGUAAAUCAACAAGCCAAUGCUCAGUCGAUGAUCAAUGCGACCAUGCCAUCAUCACAGCAGCCUAUGGUUCAACCUCAACACAAUGUGCCCCAAUAUCAUACACAACAAUCUCAAAUGUCGCAGCAGGGACAGACUUUACCCCAAGAGGUGCUGACUAGUAUUGUAACUUCACAGCAAGGUGCAACGCUGCCGACCAAUUUACAACCAAUGGUCACUCAGCCACAGGGUUCUACAUUGCCUGCAAAUCUUCAAAGCUUAGCAGGCCAACAGCAAGCCCCAGUGCAUACUAUGGCACCACAGCAAGGAAAUGUUCCUCAAGGCAACAUACAAAUUAUGACUGCUCCACCUCAAAGUAUGCAAAUGACAUUAGAUGGUAAUCAACCCAACAUGCAAAUACCUCCCUCGGAUACCAUAUACAUACAACCACCCAAUGUUGGUCAGCAGAUGCCUACACAUAUGACCCAGCCACAGACUAUGUUGCAGCAGCAAGUGAGUGGACAGGGACAAAUGGGUGGUGUGCAAUAUGUUCCUAAUCAGCCUGUGUCCCAAGUCACUAUGACACACCAGAACAUUCCGAUGUCUAUGCAACAGACUAUGCCAGUUGGAAUGGGAGGAGUUCAUGCGAAUGUGGUGCAAUCACAAACCAGUAUGGCUAUGGGCUAUGGUGGUGUGGUGCCUGUGAUGUCUCAGAGUAGCGUCGCGCCAGUUGAGGCGACAGUGUCGGGAACUAAUUCGCCGGUUGUGUCGAUGCCAGUUAAUUCCACUGCGUAUGUUUCGAACGCAGUGCAGCCUGGACAUGAUAGUCAGGGUUUCGGUAGCCCAGUCAGUGCGGUGGUGUCUCAUGCUAUCAGUGGAGCAGUGAUGAGCAAUGUGAAUGUGAAUGCAUGUGAUAGUGGUGCUCUGGAUGUAGCCCAGGAUGGACUGCAAGCUGGAGAUACUGGAGAUGGCAAGGAAGAACCACAACCCGCACCACCUCCUGAGGAUGAAAGUAUCAGCGGGUUGGCGUUGGCGCUGGGUGGCAGCGGUACCGGCAGUCCUACCACAGCGGCAGAUGCGCGUGAUUCGACCGCAACUUCCCGCGCGCCUUCACCACCACCCUCCGAAAGACAGCAGCAUUCAAGCGCAUCGGGUACAAGCGCCGUGGCCAUCGACAACAAGAUCGAGCAAGCUAUGGAUCUGGUUAAGAGCCACUUGAUGUUUGCGGUGCGCGAAGAGGUCGAAGUCCUCAAGGAGCGCAUCGCUGAACUCAUGGAGAGAAUUAACCAGCUCGAAGUGGAAAACAGCUACCUGCGCGCGCAUGCCAGUCAGGACACGCUAGCACAGCUACCGGCCGCUGGCACUAAGCCGCCGCCACAGCCGCAGGGCCCGCAGCCCCCGGUCUCGUAGGCCGGCGCCCGGAGCCCGUGACACCGCCUGCCGGCCGUCGCCGGCUCGCCUCCUCCGGCCUUCCCCCUCGGCGUACGCGCGGACCCAGGGAGUCAUUAUGGCUGUGCUAUGUUAAUUCAUAUGUUAACAAGGGACGACCGCCGCCCCGCCGAGGGACGCGGAUGCACCGCGAUCGCGUCGACGCCGGGGCCGUGCGUCGCCCGUGGACAUCGUACGCUGUACACCAUUCGUAUAUAGUUAGCCCGUCACUGCUGCGCGACGACGGCUCCAAGAUGUCGCCGCGCACGCCGAUCCUUUCGUACUAUUAUGCUUGGAUUUAUAGAAAUAUAUUUUUCUGUUAUUUAAUCUUUAGAGUGCAGAAUCGUGCUAACUGCCGCGCUUUCGCUAUGCGUCUCGGUAACGAGCCCGUUUAGUGUAACGAUGUACGACUAUAUUUUUGUUCGGGUUUAACGUCUAGACAUCGCUAUCCGUAACGUAUUCCAUAUAAGAAAGUAUCUCGUAAGUCGUGUGUUUAUAACAAUAAUGUAAUACUUGAAUAUAUCUACGCAUUGAACAAUGACUGUUAAUUUAUUUUCUAUAAUUUUAUUAGGUAUCUUAAUUUAAGUUAUUUAUCGAGUUUUAUCGUGUAACAUUUGAAAAUGACAUUGUAGUAGUUUUGUGGACUCGAUCCAAUAGCAGCACGGCUGCGGCUGGUUUAUCCUUCGCAAAGGUUGAGGUUCCCUAAGAUAAACGAAUGACUCAGUAGAUUGAGCUCUGACCUAACUCUUUCUUAGCUUUAUACGGUAGAUAUAUAAUAUAAAAGCUUUGGUUGGUUGGAAAUUUACAAUUAAGAUUCCUUCAUCUUCGGCUGAAUGUCUUCCUUUUAUACUAUCAUUCACACACACGCUCUAAAAAAAAUGAAACGACUUUAUACAUUUUUUAUAUUGUUACUGAUUAACUAACUUGAUCUUAUCGUUGUUUAAAUACUGUGAGAUGAAAUCUUGCAGUCGAAUCCAUAAUAACCAAGGUUUUGCGAUACGUAAAUUCUCGGCAUCUAAGUUUUCAGUAUUUAUAAUAUUUAUCAAAUAAAUUGCACGUGGUCGUUCGUCAACCUCAAGAGUAAUGAUCUGUCUAGCGUUCUUGAAUGUGUGGAUUUGUCCUUUAGUUAUACUCUUAAUUGAUACAGUUAAUAUAAUGUUUGGAUGUAUUCAUCUGUAAUUGAUGUUAGUGUAAUAAAUAAUAAUGCGUCGUUUUUUCGGGGAUGUAGCCUCGCUUACGCUGGCUUUAGAGAAUUUUGCACGCUGAAAUUAAAAAAAAAAACUAUUUUUAUUCCAGCCCUUUACUUAUACGAAUAAUAGAGGUUAUAGCGAUUUAACAUUGUAUUUUUUUAAUGAUUAAAAUUGUUUGUAUAUAGUACAAGUUGUAAUAGAAUCGUGAGUAGGAAUGUAAAUAAAGAGAGUGCUUGAAGGCAAGGGUAUAUUGUCUAGAAACGAUGAAAUGAUAUGGGACGCUCCGCGAGACGUGUCUAAUGUAAGUUAUAUAUUGCUGUAUUUAAAAUGCUUUACUGUUUAUCGUUAAAUAAUCGAACAAAGUGGCUGGGUCAGGUCACGUGUAUCGUAUAAUAUAUUAAAGGUCUAUACGAGGGCAAGCCCAGCUACUGUUACUAUCAGUAGAUUAGUAUUUUGUACAAGGCUACGUAUGUGUAUAGAUGAUGAUGAGGUCGUCUUGAUUAUUGUGAAUAUGCAGUAAUUAACUCCAUUAUUAGAUUAACGAUAUAUGAUUCUGAUAUUGUAAAUAUACUGUAAACAGAAUGUCCAAUGUAGCUUAUGUUGACCAGAAGGUUCCUCGUACCCAAUAAAUGCAAAAUUAUUAGAA